UACGUCAUUGGCGCGUCUUUAAGCUACGAGGAGGCAGCGCCGCGCAGGAACCGGCUGCCGCUGGUUGUAGCGCGCACAUAAAUACCCGACGCAGACAGGCGGUGGGGGGUAAACACAAAGACGAGCGCUCCGCGGUCCAAGGCUGAAGACGAACGGAGUCAGGUCCCACACCAGAGGAGCUCGGGAGGCAUGCAAAGUUGUGAAAUAUCGUCAGACAGCACUGAUGAUCCUCUUAGUAGCGGCUUACGCAGGCACCGACAACCGCGAAUAGUAGUGAUAGGCGCUGGCCUGGCAGGUCUGGCUGCCGCCAAAACCCUCCUGGAAAACGGCUUCAGCGAUGUCACGGUCCUAGAGGCGUCAGACCGCAUCGGAGGAAGAGUGCAAAGCGUUCAGUUCGGUAAAGCCACUUUGGAACUCGGAGCCACCUGGAUCCAUGGCGCCAGCGGCAACCCCAUCUACCACCUGGCAGAGGACAGUGGACUCCUGGAGCACACCACGGAGGAAGAACGCAGCGUGGGUCGCAUCAGCCUCUAUGCCAAGAACGGCGUGGCCCACUAUCAGACCAACAGCGGCAGGCGUAUCCCCAAGGACCUGGUGGAGGAGUUCAGCGACCUGUACAAUGAGGUGUACGAGCUGACUCAAGAGUUUUUCCAGAAUGGGAAGCCUGUGGGCGCGGAGAGUAAGAACAGCGUGGGCAUCUUCACGCGCGAUCUGGUGCGCAAGAGGAUCACGCUGGACCCGGACGACUCGGACAGCACCAAGAAGCUCAAGUUUUCCAUGCUGCAGCAGUACCUCAAGGUGGAGAGCUGUGAGAGUAGCUCCCCCAACAUGGACGAAGUGUCCCUGAGUGAGUUCGGGGAGUGGACAGAGAUCCCUGGCGCCCACCACAUCAUCCCGGGGGGCUUCAUCAAGGUGGUGGAGCUGCUGACGCAGGGCCUGCCAGAGCGCCUGCUGCGCCUGGGCAAAGCUGUGCGCCGCGUGCACUGGAACUACAGCUCCCAGGAGGCCGAGGGGGAGGAUAACAGCCCACGCGCCGACCACAACCAGGAGCGGCGCUGGUCCGCGCCGGUACGCGUGGAGUGCGAGGACGGCGAGUGGCUGGCCGCCGACCACGUGGUGGUGACCGCCUCGCUGGGCGUGCUGAAGAAAGCACACGAGAGCCUGUUCUCUCCCGGGCUGCCCCGCGAGAAGGUGCAGGCUGUGGAGAAGCUGGGGAUCAGCACUACGGACAAGAUUUUCCUGGAGUUCGCCGAGCCCUUCUGGAGCGCAGAAUGCAACAGCAUACAGUUCGUGUGGGAGGACGAGGCGCAGCUGGAGAGCCCGGCGUACCCGGGCGAACUGUGGUACCGCAAGAUCUGCAGCUUCGACGUGCUGUACCCACCCGAGCGCUACGGCCACGUGCUGAGUGGCUGGAUCUGCGGGGACGAGGCACUGCGCAUGGAGCGCUGCGAUGAUGAGACCGUGGCCGAGACCUGCACCGAGCUGCUGCGCAAGUUCACAGGAAACCAAAACAUUCCAAAGCCCAGGCGGAUCUUGCGUUCGUCCUGGGGCAGCAACCCUUACAUCCGCGGCUCGUACGCCUUCACCCGUGUGGGGUCCAGCGGGGGCGACGUGGAGCGUCUGGCCGAGCCCCUGCCCUAUGGCAGGAGCUCCAAGGCUCUGCCUUUACAGGUGCUGUUUGCUGGCGAGGCCACGCACAGGAAGUACUAUUCCACUACCCAUGGUGCUUUGCUGUCAGGUCAGAGGGAGGCAAACCGCCUGAUCGAGUUGUAUCAUGACCUCCUUAACGCAGAAACCACAAAGCCUAACAUGUAAAAAUAAAACAACUGAAACAAGAACCACUAACUAGUGAUGAUAAAUAUGUGUUUCAUGCUAUCUGUAUUCUGAUUAAACAUGUAUAGGAAUAUAGUAGGGGCAUUACGACAAUAACAAAAAAUAAUGAAAACAUUUUUUACUCUAUGUAGAUUUAGCUUACUUAGGUAUUACUUGACAUGUACUGUACAAGGCGGCCAAGUUUGGUGCCAUUUCUGGCUCUUAUAUUUUUCUGUUUUUUUUAAAUAAGUUAUAUGUUUAUAACAUGUUCCUGUAAUUUAACUUUUGUAAGUGCCUUCUGUAUUUAAUGGUGUCAUUUAAGAAUGAAAGCAAACCGUGGCAAUGAAUAAAUGCACAUGAGUGUGGAAACGGA